UGGUGGUCAAUGCAUCAUACAUAUAUAUAUGGAUCGAAGAAAGUACAGCUCUCCUCCUCUUGCCAUCAUCCUCAAACCAGCAGCACAUAAUCUAGUUAGAGGCUGGCCAGCUUAACUGAUCUCUAUCUAGUUCUAGCUGGCAAGCUUUGCUGGCUGUGUGGCGGCCAUGAAGAAGUUUGGUCUUGUACUUGUUGGCCUGGUAGUAGUGUUGCCGGUGCUCGUCGGCGUCGCCGAUGCCGGUGAGGCGACACGGCGGCUGGUGCCGGCGAUGUUCGUGCUGGGGGACUCGACGCUGGACGUGGGCAACAACAACCACUUGAAAGGCCAAGGCGUUCCCAGGGCCGACAAGCCCUUCUUCGGCAUCGACUUCCCCGGCGGCGCCAUGUCCACCGGGCGGUUCAGCAAUGGCUACAACAUCGCCGACUUCAUCGCGAAGUAUCUUGGGUUCGACAGGAGCCCUGUGGCGUACCUGGCGCUGAAAUCGCGAAACUAUCUGAUCCCUGGUGCCAUGGAUAGAGGAGUGAGCUUCGCCUCGGCAGGAGCUGGGAUUCUCGACUCCACUAAUGCGGGAAAGAACAUCCCAUUAUCGCAGCAGGUGCGCUACAUGGCGUCGACCAAGGCCGCCAUGGAGGCCGCCAAGGGCACCCGCAAGGUAUCCAAGCUCCUCGCGGACUCCUUCUUCCUCCUAGGCAUUGGUAGCAAUGACAUCAUCCUGUCGACGGCCAAGACUCCCGGUGACAUUGCUGCCCUAUUCACCUUCCUCGUCUCCAACUACACCGUUGCCAUCACGGAUCUGUAUGGUAUGGGGGCGAGGAACCUGGGCAUCAUAAACGUGGGGCCCGUCGGAUGCGUGCCACUUGUCCGCGUGGUCAACGCCACGGGGGCGUGCAACGACGGCAUGAACCGCCUCGCCAUGGUCCUCGCCGCCAAGAUCAAGUCGGCGGUCGCCAGCCUCGCCACGAGUCUCCCGGGCCUGUCCUACUCACUCGGCGACUCCUUCGCCUUCUUUCAACCCAUCUUCGCCAACCCGCAGGCGUCCGGGUUCUUGAGCGUGGACACGGCGUGCUGCGGGAGUGGGAGGCUGGGCGCGGAAGGGGUGUGCAUGCGGAACUCCAGGCUGUGCGGGAACAGGGACGCCUACAUGUUCUGGGACUGGGUCCACUCCACCCAGCGGGUCGCUGAGCUGGGGGCCCAGGCGCUGUUCCAAGAUGGGCCGGCCCAGGUGACAGCCCCCAUCAGCUUCAAGCAGCUGGCCCUGCUGGCAUGCAAGACCUGCUCGAUGAUGACCGACUGACCGGCCCAGUCCACCGGGAUAGAUUAAGGAUUCUUUUUUCUUUGAGUAAAUUUCACAAAACCACACUUCUUGAGGAUAAGGUUUCAACGGGCCACAGUUAUGACUAAUAGUCUCACAAAACCACACUUUUUUGGACAGAUCUUCUCACAGAACCCAAA